AAUGUCUGCAGCAUGCGACUUCGUUGCACUCCAGACUGGGCAGAAGAUGCCUCUCAUAGGACUGGGAACUUGGAAAAGUGAACGUGGGCAAGUGAAAGAAGCAGUGAAAUAUGCCCUAAGUGUGGGUUAUCGCCACAUUGAUUGUGCAGCAGCUUACAGCAAUGAAGCAGAGAUCGGUGAGGCUUUCCAGGAAUGCCUUGGGCCCAACAAGGUUAUUAAACGGGAGGACCUGUUUGUAACAUCAAAGCUCUGGAAUACCAAGCACCACCCAGAAGAUGUAGAGCCAGCGCUAAGGAAAACACUUGGAGAUUUGAAACUGGAUUACCUGGACCUGUACCUCAUGCACUGGCCUCAUGCCUUUGAACGAGGGGACAAUCUCUUCCCAAAGAAUCCUGAUAACACGAUGCGUUACGAUUACACUGAUUACAAGGACACCUGGAAGGCUAUGGAAAAGCUGGUAGAAAAAGGUCUUGUGAAAGCCAUUGGACUGUCAAACUUCAACAGUCGUCAGAUCGAUGAUGUACUGAGUGUGGCUACUGUCAAACCAGCUGUGCUCCAGGUAGAAUGCCAUCCUUACCUAGCUCAGAAUGAGCUGAUAGCUUACUGCCAGAAACGAGGACUGGUUGUCACUGCCUACAGUCCCCUUGGUUCUCCAGAUCGCAUGUGGAAACACCCAGAUGAGCCUGUGCUUCUAGAAGAACCUGGGAUCAAAAAACUGGCUGAAAAAUACAGCAAAUCACCUGCACAGAUCAUCCUCAGAUGGCAAGUGCAGCGUAAAGUGGUUGCCAUUCCCAAGAGUGUCACUCCUGCUCGCAUUCAGCAAAAUCUCCAGGUGUUUGAUUUCAGCCUCACAGAAGAGGAGAUGAGCCACAUUGGAAGCCUGAAUAAAAACUGGCGUUACAUUGUGCCAAUGAUUACGGUGAAUGGAAAGCUAGUAGCAAGAGAUGCUGGACACCCCCAUUACCCCUUCAAUGACCCCUAUUAACUACUAGAAAAUAAGGUGUUAGAAUAACAUGCUCGUCUCCACAUCUCCACACUUGUCCACAAAGUAAUUGUUGCCACAGUUUGUCAAAAAAACCUGUCCAACUAUAAACCUUCCUUCCCGAGUAGGUUUACUUACAAUGUAGUGCUUCUAAUUGAUCGCCUUUCUGGAGAUAUACUGUAGCUUCCAUGUCAAAGUUUGUGGAUUUAUUACAAUGACUGCAGGCUUGCUCCUGGAAG